GGAAGACAACAACAAUACCAUUCAUCCUAAUAUAUUGGAUCCGGGCAGACAGUUAAUCCGUCAAUCCAAUGGUCCUUUUCCUGUAUACAACAUAGGGAUGAACCCGCAACGACAAGGUUGGUUUAUCGCCACACACAAAUCUCUAGAUGCCAGGAAUCGGUUUCCCGGUGCACGAAACGUGGCAGGCCCUCAUCAAAAUGCGAAUUUCCAAGGUGUAUUGUUAGGAGUCUUUGUGGGCUUUCGUAGAGUGAAAAGGGAUAGGUGGAAUCCAUGGUGGUGGGAAGUUGUUUACGCGAGAUUAGAUAAGAGGGGUCGAGCCAUACUACAUGCUUAUGACUACAACUACCUUGGCAUGCCGUUAACAGCUGUGAAAAAAGGUAAAGGUACGUCUUGGAAGUGUAGGACGAAUGAUAUUAUAUGGGUGGAGGCUCUUGAAGAUAUGACUAUGCAGGAGAGGACACAAUGGGUAGGGGAUCAAGUCAGCCGGCCAGCUGCUAGCUAUCACACUCAUUGCAAAGAUUUCAACGAGCUGAGAUGUGCAUUUGAUCUUCCUCCAUUCUAUUUCUAAGGCAUGGCUAUUAAAGUGGAAGGUAUCAAUUGUACUGGAGAAUAUCUGUCAAUGAUUUUCAGUCAAGGGAUACCUCUCGCUUGAUCAGACAGCUUGACCAAAAUCAUACCACUCAUGCUUCGUAAGCAAAACAAAUGGCAUCCAAAAGCCAUUGAGCACUGUAGCAAUAGCACACAAGUACUUCACUAUCCAAUAUUGUAAAUUUUCUAGGAAACAAAUAGAAAAUAAAUUUAUUGGUCAGAGUUAUAAAUCAGUUCCAAGAUGUAAGGUUCA